CGCCCAGGCGCCCGCAGACUCUCUUGAGCUUUGCUCGGUCUUCUUAAGGCACUGCACACCUAGGAGCUGCUUCCCGACGGUGCGGUGCAGCGCAGCAGCACAGGGGCCCAGCGUUCCUGCCGCGCAGCCCCACUGUCGCGGGUCCCCUCCCUCGGGGCUGAUCAUUAACUCAAAAGCAGUAUAAGGAGUGAGUGGCCCCGGUGAGCCUGUGAGCCGAGAGGGACUCGUCGCCACCGCCAUGGACAGUAGCACCUUGAGCCCCGCGGUUACUGCCACCGAUGCACCCAUCCCGUCCUACGAGCGCAUUCGCAAUGCGGCUGACAUCUCAGUCAUCGUCAUCUACUUCGUGGUGGUGAUGGCUGUCGGGCUGUGGGCCAUGUUUUCCACUAAUCGUGGUACCGUUGGAGGCUUCUUCCUGGCAGGCCGAAGUAUGGUGUGGUGGCCGAUUGGAGCCUCUCUCUUUGCCAGUAACAUUGGAAGUGGUCACUUUGUGGGGCUGGCAGGCACAGGAGCAGCCGCAGGCAUUGCCAUGGGUGGCUUUGAAUGGAACGCCUUGGUUUUGGUGGUUGUGCUGGGCUGGAUAUUUGUCCCGAUUUACAUCAAGGCCGGGGUGGUGACGAUGCCGGAGUAUCUGCGGAAGCGGUUUGGAGGCAAGAGAAUUCAGAUCUACCUUUCCGUUCUGUCCCUGCUCCUCUACAUCUUCACAAAGAUCUCUGCAGACAUCUUCUCCGGGGCUAUAUUCAUCAAUCUAGCCUUGGGCCUGGAUAUAUACUUGGCCAUUUUCAUCCUGCUAGCAAUCACUGCCCUUUAUACAAUCACAGGGGGGCUGGCAGCUGUAAUUUACACAGAUACCCUGCAGACCGCGAUCAUGCUGGUGGGGUCUUUUAUCCUGACUGGGUUUGCUUUCAAUGAAGUAGGAGGAUAUGAAGCCUUCAUGGACAAGUACAUGAAAGCUAUUCCAACUAAGGUUUCUAACGGAAAUUUUACCGCCAAGGAAGAAUGCUACACACCGAGGGCUGACUCAUUCCACAUAUUCAGAGACCCCAUUACUGGAGACAUGCCGUGGCCUGGGCUCAUUUUUGGCCUGGCCAUCCUCGCCCUGUGGUACUGGUGUACGGAUCAGGUCAUUGUGCAGCGAUGCCUCUCGGCCAAGAACAUGUCUCACGUGAAGGCUGGCUGUACCCUGUGUGGCUAUCUGAAGCUACUGCCCAUGUUCCUCAUGGUGAUGCCAGGAAUGAUCAGCCGGAUUCUAUAUACAGAAAAAAUCGCCUGUGUCCUCCCUGAAGAAUGUCAGAAAUACUGCGGCACACCAGUGGGCUGUACCAACAUCGCCUACCCCACGCUCGUGGUGGAACUCAUGCCUAAUGGACUGCGAGGCCUGAUGCUGUCUGUCAUGAUGGCUUCCCUCAUGAGCUCCUUGACCUCCAUCUUCAACAGCGCCAGUACUCUCUUCACCAUGGACAUCUACACCAAGAUCCGGAAGAAGGCAUCUGAGAAGGAGCUCAUGAUUGCAGGAAGGUUGUUCAUCCUCGUGCUGAUUGGCAUCAGCAUUGCCUGGGUACCCAUUGUACAGUCUGCUCAAAGUGGGCAGCUCUUUGAUUACAUCCAGUCUAUCACCAGUUACCUGGGGCCGCCCAUUGCAGCUGUCUUCCUGCUUGCCAUUUUCUGCAAGAGAGUCAAUGAACAAGGAGCCUUCUGGGGACUGAUCCUGGGCUUCCUGAUUGGAAUCUCCCGUAUGAUCACUGAGUUUGCCUAUGGAACUGGGAGCUGCAUGGAGCCCAGCAACUGCCCCAAGAUCAUCUGUGGGGUCCACUAUUUGUACUUUGCCAUCAUCCUCUUCGUCAUCAGCGUCAUCACCAUCUUGAUCAUCUCCUUCCUCACCAAGCCCAUUCCAGACGUGCACCUGUACCGUUUGUGUUGGAGUCUACGCAACAGCAAGGAAGAGCGAAUCGACCUGGAUGCAGGAGAGGAGGAGGACAUCCCAGAGGACUCCAAGGACACAAUUGAAAUAGACACAGAAGCCCCCCAGAAGAAGAAAGGAUGCUUCAGGAGAGCAUAUGACCUGUUCUGUGGGCUGGACCAGGAUAAAGGACCAAAGAUGACUAAGGAGGAGGAGGAAGCCAUGAAGAUGAAGAUGACAGACACUUCUGAGAAGCCUUUGUGGAGGACAGUGGUGAACAUCAACGGUAUUAUCCUGCUGGCGGUAGCUGUCUUCUGCCAUGCCUAUUUUGCCUGAGCCCUGCCUUCUGGUGUAGACUCGGCAACUCUAGCAUUGUUCUUCCCCCUUUUGACCCACUCUGUAGUGGCAAGGGGAAGAUGUCCACUUGUAAAUUUCACGCAUUCGGAUAAAAGGUGUAUAAGUGUGAUUAUAGGCUUGCUGGAGGAAAGUGAUUACAUUGCUGUGAACUUAUGCAUUUGAAGCCAGUGUGCCACACUCAUCUGCCAUGCCAGAGCUUUAGAAGUGAAGUUGACUCAGAUAUAGGAAAAGUCAUGCCAAGACACAGAAGCCCUGUGUUGUCUGAUGUCACUCUGUCUCAGCUUGUAAUUAUUGUUUAUAAUCCUUAAAUACUAUUUUUUAAAAUUGUAGUCUGGUUCCUGUCAUUUUUCUACCUAACCCCUCACCUCUUCCUCCUCCUCUUAUUUUUUUUCCUAAAAGAAAUUCCCUUGCCAUUGCAUUCCUCCCUCUAGAUUUUUGUUACUUAAAAAAAAAAUCAAUUUGACAAAUAGAAGAAUACCCGGAAGUUGAGGAUAGGAACCUUGUCCUGUGAAUUUGUUCUUUAAAGUGCCAGUAUCAAGGAGACAGUAUUUACUUGAAUAGGGUUGGGGACUCGCACCAAUCAGGGGUACAGCCAACCUUGAGUACUGAGAACUUUCUGGUCUUUAAAAAAUGCCCAUUGUGUGUCUCCUGGAUUGUUACUCAUCUCGGGGGUCACUGCACCUGAAGUGUCUUAGCCACUCAGGAAUGUUCGUUGACUCCAUAAGUCGCAUGUCACUUAUUGAUGGGUGCUGCCUGGCCCUUGCUUAGCUUUUAUUUUAUUUUAUUUUCUAUUUCAUUUUUUGUACCUGCACAAAAUAUACCAGUGGAGUCUAUUAUGGAGUGGAAUGCAUUUUCUAGUGUCUCUCUCUGCCUCGUGGUGCUGAUGUUGACACACAAUACAGUCUUAGACGUUGACACUACUUGAUAGGACAGAGUAAAUGCCCCUGCAGGGACAUCUGCCUUCCUGAUGCAGCACACUCUCCCAGGAAUCAUUGAAAUCAUUAGCCUGAGGUCCUCUUUCCCAUGUGUGCACAUGGCCACAAUGAUUGGCUUGUAAUGGGUCUUCACAGGGGGUCACCCACCGACCAGGCUAAGGCAGCCAGCCUCAGUUCUAGAUGGCAGGUGCUUGGUGGUUUUAGUUGGAAGAAGACUGUUUAUGUUGAGCUAGUUCCCCAUGGGAAAAUAAUUUUCAUUUAAUAUUAAAUUAAUUAAUUAACUAAUUAAUUAAAAUUGUACUUUCAAAAUCUCAAUUAUAUUGUAAUAUUAUCCCAUUGAAGCUAGGAAAUCAGCAUGUUAUUGUAGAAUGAUUUCAACUUAGCUUAGAAAAGAGCUGAGUGAGGUGUUGGGCAUAGAAGUGUCUUGGAGUGUCAAUGCAUGGCUUCUUGUUAUAGAAGAAAGAAAAUCUGGAGAGAGCUGUUUGAGGUAUUUUCUUGUUCCCUGUAAGCUGUGCUGAGAAAAGGGGAGAUUGGGGAACCACCCAUGUCCAGCACACGCAGGGCGUGGGCUCAGGGUGUCAGGCUCAGGUGGACUUUGUGGUAAGUUGUGAGUCUUGAGAAGAGAAAGGCAGGGACUGAAGCUUGGGAAAGGAAAAGCAAAGCAAACUACCUAGAUUGUUUUGGUUUCAUUGCAUGGCCAAUGAUUUAUUGUAUAUAUUGUAAUAAAUUAUUUUAUCUGAA